CCCCUCCCUUUCCGUCUCUGCUCUCCUCUCUCCUCUUCAGCCUUGCCUGCCUGUCAGAAAGGUACUCCAGUGUUGGAGGCUAGGCUACCCUCCUCCCGGACCCCGUACGAGAGCCAGCCGCCGUCGUACCCCAAGGCUCGGGCUCCCCUCUCACGGCUCCGACCAUGGCAACCACCGCUACUUCCACCAGGUUCACCGACGAGUACCAGCUGUACGAGGAGCUCGGGAAGGGAGCUUUUUCAGUGGUGCGUAGGUGUGUAAAGAAGUCAUCAGGACAGGAAUAUGCUGCAAAAAUCAUCAACACUAAGAAGCUGUCUGCAAGAGACCAUCAGAAGCUUGAGAGAGAGGCUCGCAUCUGCCGUCUCCUGAAGCACCCCAACAUCGUGAGACUCCACGACAGCAUUUCAGAGGAAGGCUUUCAUUACCUAGUCUUUGACUUGGUGACAGGAGGAGAGCUUUUUGAAGACAUUGUAGCCAGGGAGUACUACAGCGAGGCUGAUGCCAGUCAUUGCAUUAGUCAGAUCUUGGAGAGUGUCAAUCAUAUCCAUCAGCAUGAUAUUGUGCACAGAGAUCUCAAGCCUGAGAACCUGUUGUUGGCCAGUAAGAUGAAGGGAGCUGCAGUGAAGCUGGCCGACUUUGGCCUUGCUAUUGAAGUGCAGGGAGACCAGCAGGCUUGGUUUGGGUUUGCAGGCACCCCUGGCUACCUCUCGCCUGAAGUCCUGAGGAAGGACCCCUAUGGCAAGCCUGUGGACAUAUGGGCUUGUGGUGUUAUUCUCUAUAUCUUGUUAGUGGGAUAUCCUCCGUUCUGGGAUGAAGAUCAGCACAAACUCUAUCAGCAGAUUAAAGCUGGGGCAUAUGAUUUCCCCUCCCCAGAGUGGGACACAGUGACUCCAGAGGCAAAGAACCUGAUCAACCAGAUGUUGACCAUCAACCCAGCCAAGAGAAUCACUGCCGACCAGGCCCUCAAACACCCAUGGGUCUGCCACCGUUCUACAGUGGCAUCCAUGAUGCACAGACAGGAAACUGUCGAAUGUCUCCGCAAGUUCAAUGCUCGUCGAAAACUCAAGGGAGCCAUUCUCACCACCAUGCUGGUGUCCAGAAACUUCUCAGUGGGCCGGCAGCAUACCAACUCUGCUGCUGCCGCCUCCUCCACGGCCUCACUGGCUCAGGAAGCAUGCAAAAGUUUACUCAACAAGAAGUCAGAUUCUGCUAAGCCUUCUACCAACAACAGUAAGAACAGUAUAGUGAGCGCCAUCAAUGCCCUGAAAGACACCAACAUGGCAACCAACGCCCAGAUGGAAUCGCAGAGCACAGUGGUGCACAACCCUCCAGAUGGAGUCAAGGGAUCAACAGAGAGCAACGCAACCAACGACGAGGAGGAAAUGAAAGGUAGGAAAGCGGACAGUUCGGCGCUGAGUCAGAGCAGCGCCGCAGAGGAGAUGCCCCCACUUCUGCCCUCACCUCAAAGCUCACCUGCCAUUCCACCGCAUGAGGUAAAGCGCAUGGCAUGGAACAGCACAGGCAACAGCUCCUGCCCCGAGUCUGAGCUCUCGCAGUCCUCCAUGCCUGCCGCUCCACUAGGGAGCAACACUGUCGCUGCUAAAAGCAACACUAAGCAGACCCGUAAACAGGAGAUCAUCAAGAUAACAGAGCAGCUGAUUGAAGCGAUCAACAAUGGAGAUUUCGAUGCUUACACGAGGAUUUGUGAUCCUGGACUCACCUCUUUUGAACCUGAGGCCCUGGGGAACUUGGUGGAGGGCAUGGACUUUCACAAGUUCUACUUUGAAAACUUGCUGAGCAAAAACAGCAAGCCUGUGCACACCACCCUGCUCAACCCACACGUGCACCUGAUCGGUGAGGAUGCGGCGUGCAUCGCCUACAUCCGGCUCACACAGUUUGUGGACUCCACAGGCCACCCUCGUUCCAGCCAAUCGGAGGAGACCAGGGUGUGGCAUCGUCGCGAUGGCAAGUGGCUCAAUGUUCACUUCCACUGCUCAGGAGCGCCUGCUGCACCACUACAGUGAUCAGUGGUCCUGAGCCUCCAGUCUACUGGAGUGUGUGUUUUGGGGGGCAGUUUUUUUCAGCGAGCGUGUUUAAGAGGCACGUCCUCUGCGUGGAUUGGCUAGUGCCAGGAGCCCGGCCGGGCGAGAUUGCAUCCCUCUCCACGAUACCAACCAAUCCUGUCCCUCCUUUGACCUGUUGGGGGCUGGCUGAACAAAAGACACCGCCCCCAUGGGAUGAUGCAUGCAUCUGCCGCCUGAUUGGAGGGCGCGCCUUUGCCCUCUAUCCCUCCCCUGGCAGCCAUCUUUUUUCUGCCCGUGCAAGAUGAGACGUCCUGGGGGAGGAGAGGAUUUACAGUUGAACUUGUGACAGUUUAUGAGUAUGAGUUAUGAAUAUACUGUGUAAAUUAUGACUAGAUGUACCAGAAACCACCAAAACCCAACCAAGCAUUUAUAUUCACUAUCUAAUAAGGGAGGAACAGAGAGGAGUGAGAAGUUAGCAGCUGAGAUUUUGGACACGUUUUUGGCAUUCUAGGGAUUACCGGGUAGAAAGUGUUGUGCUUGUUACCCGGACGUUGAUGUAAAGAUGUAGGGAGAUUUUCCCCGACUGAAUUAAAGGGGGGAAAGAGUCAAGUCUACUCUGUCAGAGAACUUGAUGAUGAGAAAAACUUGAUAUCAAAAACAUGAAGCACCAAAGUGUAGAACUUUAGGCUUUUUAUGUGUUUAUGUGUUUUCGUUUGUGUGCUUGUUUUCCAACAAAGCGGAAAACCGUGUUAUCGUGAGAUUGGGGCGGGGGGUGCGUCUGAUUUGAGGUUACGUGUUUUGUUGUGUUUUUAGCGUCCUGUUCCGUUUGCGUUCCUGUGAAUAACCGGAGCCUUUUUUUUUUUUUUUUUUCCCAGAUCCUACAUUUGAGGCUCCUUUUUAAAGCAGCUAAGUUUUUAAAAAGUGGGAUUUUACUGUGCAAGUUUAAAGCUAACCUGCGCUUGAUAACGCGUUCUGUUGCGCCUGUAUGCAUUGGAGGGAGAGAGUGGGCCAGGAAAAGGCGUCUGCAUUCUGCAUGUUUGCCCACCGCCUCUCCCACAUUCACCCCUUCCUGCUCUCUCUCCCUUUUCCUCUCUCUUUAACCAUUCCCUCUUUUAACCCUCCCCCCCGCUCCUUUUCUCUGCUUUUUGCAAGGGCCUGGUUUGUGUAUAAUCACUGUGUAAAUAACAGUGUAUGUAUAGAUAUAUGUAGAAAAGUGUAAUAUAUGUACAUGUAUCUUCUAAGAGACACUCAUCCUGUGCAUCUGGGUAUAGCAACCACCCCGUGACCUCUGUGACACCCAGUCUAGUUUAGAAGCAACAUUUUCACACAGAUUUCGAUUUGCUGUAAUUCUCCUCCUUAAACUACUUCCUUAAGAUAUCGGUAGCUCUUGAUUAUUCACAACAAACAUGAAUACACACACUCGUGUAGGCUACCAGCUCGAGUCCCAUGGCCGUAAGACUGUUUUUGGAAAUGGGGAAUAAAAGAAAUAACAGGUUGAAAAUGGUUUCAUCAGUUUUUAAAUAUGAAAACCUUCAUCAGAGUUUCCUUAACUCCUGAACCCACAAUGCUGUGAGCCGUCUCUUCAUAUCAUAUGCACACACACGCGCACGUGCGCGCGCCUGGUGGUGUGUUUAGGCUUUGUAACAUAUCUGCACCACUACUGUGUGACCAAGGUGCCACCCUUGCUGUGCUGCUUAAUUGUCUCCAUCCAUCCACGACAGUCAUAUCUUAAAACUCUCCCAAGACCCCCACCCCCCCCUCAAUC